UCUGUGAUUUUUGUGUUUAUAUUCGUCGAAACUCGGAGAAUUUUAAGUUUAUCUGGUUUUUUAAUAGAGAUGCUGGUGGUGCUGUUGCGCUAAACUAUAGCAAAAAUCACCAACCUGUAAUAAAUCAAAUGGGUAGCUAACAAUAAAUUAUUCGUAUCGUAGCGAUGUGACAGAUUUUUCUGUCAAGUGAAUACCUAUAAUUCGAAUAGUGCCAUUUAGAAAUUUCAUUUCGACCCAUCCCAGCAAAGCAAUAGUCGCGUAAACAAGUGCCCUACAUUUAAUACUUUUCUCAAAUGGAAGUAAAUCAUGAAUUUGGAGUGAUAUUUUCUAAAGAAGUCACCUGAAAAACGUUUGUAAUGGAAAGUACUCACAAUUUCGGGACUUUCGGGUGUUUGAGCAUCGAUUGAAGCAACUGUUGUUAUGUAUACUUUCAUAGAGAUAGCUCUAAGUGUAGGAGUGCUAGCCACUCUCGUUACUAUUAUAUCUGCAUGUGUGUGUGGCUGCAAGAACUCCAACCAGAAAAGUGAGUUGGUUGGGACGGCCGGUGUGGUCAAAAUCCGAUUGGAUGAGGAGGUACCUUCCCCGGCCCCCACCACUCCUGCCUCCGUCAAGCGGGCGUCGACGCAAAACAGUCAGCGGAGUCUGCCGGAAAUCCCGCAUCCCGUUGGAAGGCACGACAGCGGCGACACGGCAUCAGAAAUAUAUGCCACAGUUACUAAUUUAGACGAAGGAAAUAAGGCCAUUGUCGCAGCGUCCACUAGCAGAGAUCAUCCUUACGAACACGCGUACGCUAAGCUACAGAAUGAAAGUCAUAACAUAACGGUGGAAAUAACACCUGAUCAAAGCUCCGAUAAUGAUAUUGAAAUCGAAGAACGGGAAACAGCUUCUUCGGCAGCAGCAGAAGCGGUGCUGAUCUCGGCGUCGGUGGCUAUCAGCGGGCAGCUGCCGUCGAGCCAGGAGCUGCCCUACAUCACGCCGCCGUCGCCGCGCGCGCCGCUGCCGCCCGACACGCACUUCAGCGGCGACUCCACCGACUCCGCCAAGGGAUACACCAGCAUAUCAGUCCGAGAGCCGCUAAGCAACAUUCGCGCACAGAACGUCAAGCCUUUGCAGCCACACUAUGCCACUGUCUCCGAUGACUCCGAUGAAAUGUACGAGGCGAUAGAAGGCGCGAGCGUGGGCGAAGGUUCGGACACAUACGCGCAAAUCGCGCCCGAGCCACGUCGCCGCAACCCGCCAACAAGCGAGCCCGCGCCUGCGGCCGCGCCGGUUUUGCAAGCGGAUGUCACGCAUCACGCCAGAAGAAGUGCACCACCUGAAAUCGGGGCGUCAACGUCAAAUGCCACACAUUCACGUCAAGCAUCGAUGUCAUCGUGUUCGAAUUCAACGGGUGCGCUUGGCUCACCCAAGCCGGAGAAGCGACAGGCCAAUUCACCGCUACCGCCGCCGCCGCAUACCACUCACCCAGCACACCCAACGCACCCUCCACACCCACCACACCCAGCUCACCCACCACACCCAGCUCACCCACCGCACCCGGCUCACCCACCACACCAUUCUCAUUCCUCUCACCCCCCGCAUCCAGCACACCCGCCUGCUCCACGUUCCGCCGACCCGCUCGCACAACGACACCAGAGGAUAUCCAGCACCGGUGAUCUCCACUUCAACCACGACAAGCUGCGGCGCAGUCUCAACGAGAAGCACCAGCGGAACAACAGCUGCGUCAGCUCGUCGGACUUCUACGGCUGCAACUAUCCCGUGGAGAAGCAUCGUUUUAGCUCCGGCGAUCUUGCGCGGCCCCUGGUCGCGCGGGAGCUCCACUUCGACAUCGACAGCAAGGAGCCGCCCGCCGACAACCUCUACAACUCCAUCGACGGCCCCGCCAGCAGCGACUACUCCACCGAACCCAACACCAGCCUCACCUCCGACCCACGAGCCACGGAGAGCCCGUCGCGCAACGUCGAGGAAAUGUACGCCAAAGUCAUCAAAAAGGCGAAAGCCAAAGAAGAGUCGCUAAGGAAGUCUACUGACGUCGAUCCCAAAAGCUCCAAGUACCGAAGCGACGAUCCAGGCUACGAAACGAUCGACCGAAAGCUUUUCGCCAACCACGGUUACGAGACCAUCGCCCGCAAGGAACGAAAGAACUCCAAUCAGGACCCCGGCUACGAAACUGUCAAAGAUAUAAGCAAAAACCAGCCGUCCAACUACACUAAUAAUAAUUUACUGAAGCUGAAUCAUUCAGAUAGCGGCCCCGACAGCAUCAUCAGCAGCGACCCCGGCUACGAACACAUUUCCAAAGGUGAUGCCAACGCGUCCGACUCCGAUCCCAACUAUGAAGUGCUGCGAAACCAACCCUCCACCCCGCCCUAUGCCACCAUCGCGCCCAACUACAGAGUCCAACCCACAUACUCCACUGUGAACAAGAGGCCAGAGAAGUACAACUGGCCGGCAAACAAUAACGACGAAUCGGUAAUGGAACCGAACUACGAAUCCAUGUCCAACGAUCCGCUCUACACCACGGGCAGCGAGUCCGAUCCCAACUACGAGUCUGUUCGCCCCAAAGAUCCUAAUUACGAGAGUGUCAACGCUCACGAUCCUAAUUACGAAUCAUUAAGAUGUAAAGACCCGAAGUACGAAUCUGUGCGGUCGAAGGACUCCAAGUACGACUCGGUGCGAUCUAAAAAGGAUCCGAACUAUGAAAGUGUUAAAUAUUUCGAACUGUCGAAGCGAGAGCCGCCCUACGAGAAAGUAAAUUCUGGGGAAAGUGAAGGCGGUGUCGAUCGCUCGGACUCCUCAGCGGGUUAUGAAAAGAUCAACGUCCCCACAGCGAAGGAUACAAAAAACAGUAUUAAAAAUGGUGCGGAUUGCACUGUGAGUGAUUAUUUCCAGGUUUAAUUUUUGAUAUAAGACUAUUUAUUUAUUUUGGACCUGAGACGUCGUGACUAUUGUCAGUGUUUCGACGACAUACCUAGGAAAUAGGAAUCACUUUGAGAUUGUGUGCUUUUUAUUUAUUUACAUUUUUACAAUAACGCUAUGUGUAGUACCUCAAAGAUAGAUUUAAUCUAAUAUCUUCCUUAGGUAUCUGUGAUAUAUAUUAUGAUUGUGAAUAUUAUUUUACUCGAUUAAGUUUUUUAUUCCCGUGUUGGUAACGUUUUAUUUUUAAACGGGCGGAAUUUAAAGUGUUUGUAAUCUCCAUUUAUUGACGUGUUCAUAUUUUUAUAAACGAGUUAUUUAUACAUGUAAUUUGUAUACCUACCGCAUGUACAAAAUGUAUAUAGUACAUAAGAUAUACAUUGUGGGUAAGAUAUUUUUUACAAUAGCAAGCAAUCAUAGUCUUAACUGGAUGUUCAUGCAUGAUAUAAAAUCACUUCAAAUAACUCCAUUUUAAUAAUCUAAAUUCACACUAAUAAAAUUGUAACUUGAAGUACAAGUUGAGUUUAGACAUUCCAAUAUGAUUUAAUUCUUCACGAUACAGUAAGCAAUAAUAUAAUAAUUAGCGACAAACAAUUGGAUUUAGGACUACAAGUGAUUCGUAAUAACAGCUCCUGUUAAUACAACUGGAUAGCAAAGCUGAGAUGUUCAUGCUAUAAUAAAGUUCGAUUUAACGGGUCUGUAAGUGUGUAAAAUUAUUUUGCAAACUUGCAUUGUACUGAUUUGGGUCAUUUAGUACUACUUAAUUUAAAAAGAGUAGUGGGCAUUUUAACUAAUUAUUUUAGAAGGAGCAUUUUAAACGUAGUAUAUUGAUAAAUUCUAAUAUAUUUUAAUUAAUAAUGUGUAAUAUUAGUAUUACGUUUAUUGUAGUGUACUUUGUUAAUAUAAUACAAAUGAUGUUAAGUUAUUAGUUAUUGAUUAUGUAUUUUAACACUAAACUCAACGUGAAUGUUUCAUGAAAUAUUAUAAGGUGACUUAUAAAGUGGUACCUGAAUCUUUUGUUUUUACUUAUAAUUUUGUGUAAAUUAUUUAAAAUUCAGUUGAAUAUGAUAAGAUUUUUUUAUUUACGUACUUAUGUUUUUAUAAAUAUUUUAUGUAAGUAUAGAGGACCGCCUGCGCAGCUUAAGUUAGUCUUAUAGGUAUGUCGUACAUAAUCUCUAAAUUGGCGGGUCUUAAAGUAAUGCUAUCCUUCGCGCAUUGAUAGCAAUAUUAUUAUUUCUGGCAAUUUAUAUAGAGAUUGUGUAUAUCUAAUCGAAUCAGAUAUACCAAUAACUAAUCUUAAUAUUAUAGUGAAAACGCCACCAACUCCUAAUGAUAUAUGCUGUGUCCCAAGCUACAAGUAUUUUGGCAAGAGCUACCUUCUUAUGUAUCUGGUUAUUUAUUAAUUAUUAUUUAUUAUAAUAUACUAGUAUGAGAAUGUAAUCUACCAUGUAAUUUACCUGCUUAAUACAGUGCAUUGUAUAUAUAAUAUUUUUCUUGUAAUAGUGCAAAGCCGAAAUGCCGGCACAUCACGAUCAGCCGAGGCAAUCCUCAGGAACGCCGCUAUGUAGUAUGCACACAGAACUGCAAACUAUCGGACGUAAUCUUGAGACGUCCUUGAGCAUUCGGACGUUUGAUAGAAUUCUGGCAGGCCGCGUUCCACACAACUGCACACCUAUCUCUUCCUGAGGAUUAUAAUUGCAUAAGCCAAUAGAGAUGUGCAGUUGUAUUUCGGCUUUGGACUAUAACACAAUAAUAUUAUGCAUAAAUACUUGUACUUUUUAUGAUAAUAUAAAACAUUUUGUCAUUCCAUAAUUAUAUGAUGAAUAUAUAUUAAAAAGAAAUUAAAUAAAUGCCAUAAUUAUU